GAUGCUCUUGCUAGCAAAUGGCGGCUUUUGACUCUCCCCCUCUCCUUCUCGAACAAGUGUUGUGUGCGUGCAACUUGCAGUGCAUGGCCACAACUGGACAACUCCUAAAGUAACAACUGAUCUCUCUAACUAUCUUCUUCUUCAUCUUCUUGUUGCGUGUUGCAUCGCCACUGAUCCCUCUCUUGCUAUAUAUAAUUGUUCUUCUGGUUCCUUUUUUUCACUCCUCUAGCUUCAGUUCGUCAAUUCCAUUCCCGUCUCUUCAAUUCCUUCUCGGCUUUAUUCCGUCCGAUGUAGUAGGCAGUGAUUUGGGUGGAGGAAAGCUAAGGGAUCGAUCGAGGAAGGCAUGAAAGCGCAGGAAGAAGAGAGCAGUAGCAUCGCCGCCGCCAGGGGCAAGCGCACUAAGCGCCGGAGAAGGCACCGUCAGGCGGAGCCGUCGCCGUCGACGGCUUCCUCGGAAAGCAUCGUGACGGAGGAGGAGGAGGACAUGGCCAACUGCCUCAUCCUUCUCGCGCGCGGGCGUUGCGCGGCCGGCGGCUGGCCGCCGCUGCGGGAGUGUUCCGCCGCAGAGAAACAGAGGAUUGACAGAGGAGUCACUGACUCCGCCGCCGCCGGAGUGUUCGAGUGCAAGACGUGCAACAAGCGCUUCGCCUCGUUCCAGGCGCUCGGCGGGCACCGCGCCAGCCACAAGAAGCCCAAGUUGGGCGGCGCGGCGGAGAAGGAAGGUGCGACGAUUGGUCCGGAUGGUGCUAAUGCGCGAGAGAGUAAUAUAAGCGGCGGCAAGCCGUCGACGGCGACCUAUAAGAUCCACGAGUGCUCGAUAUGUAGGUCGGAGUUCAGCUCCGGCCAGGCGCUCGGCGGGCACAUGCGGCGACACCGGCCGCCGGCGCCGGAGACCCAACAAAGCGGCAAGAAGGAUACGGUGGUCACGAGCCACGCCUUCGAUCUGAACCUGCCCCCGCCGGCCUCCUUUGACGACGUCGACGACGCCAAAGGAGUAGUUCCUUCUCCAGGACCAGAUUUCGCCUGGGCUGAGACCCCACUCGACCUCCUUCCGGCGACCGCGACGAUCCACUAGUUGAACAAGAAACUGAUGAAGAAAAUCAAACCGUUCAUUAUUUUUGCAAUAAUCUUCCUCUAAUCUCAGAUUCUCCAUGAACGAUCCUUGAAUUGCAAUGUAAUUAAUUUGAAUUGGGAAAAUGCUGAUAAUUAAUUAAUGCAACAAUUUGUUGGUUGAGAGUUCACGUAAAGGGAGUGGAGUGGAGUGGAGUGAUUGGUAUUUUGUUGGUGCUUAAAUUUUAAUUGGUUUUUCCACCACCAAGAAAA